AUAAUCAAGCAGGGGCUAGUGACAAUGUUACGAUUACGAAUAAAAACCAGUGGAGGUGGGCAGUAUCCCCUGACUGAGCAUGUUACUGGGGAAAGCACUCUCCAUGACCUUCUCUUGGCCAUCCAGCAUCUAACGACUAUUCCUCCGCAGCAACAAAAAAUUUUGACAGGAUUUCCACCAAAACCAAUCACAGGAAAUCCUGACAUGACUUUGAACAGCAUAGGAAUUCAGAAUGGAGAGGUGCUAAUAGUUGAAGAUGUUGAUCCAUCGAGUAACAUGACUUGCAUACCACAAGAAUUGCUAACGAUACCUAGUUGUGGUCCAGACAUCCCAACACCUAGUGUCACAGAUACAAAAGUGCCUUCACUUAUGAACCAGAAAGGUAUCCUUCUGAAGAAAAUUGUUCCCUCAGACAACUCUUGCCUUUUUGCAAGUGUCUAUUAUCUUAUUAAUG